CCUUGAAAAAGUGAAAGCGCUUAUGCGCAAUGAUUAGAACGUUAAUUAAUAUUUAAUUAAAUAUCGUGUGUAGAGUUUUAAAUUUCAUUAAUGUGUGUAACUGACUUGUGUUUUUCUACUGUUAUCGUAUGUAUCGAAAUGUUAUUUUUCUAUAGUCGUGUUUUCAACCAACUAUUGAAUUUGCGAAGGAAUCCUGUUCAAUUUCUAAACGCCAUAUUGGCUUUGUAAUAAUGAAAGUAUUUAUACGUAAUAACACUUCUUUAGCAAUAUAGAAGUAUUACGACUUUUACGGAAGAUAAGGAAAUUUGCUUCCGAAAAGAGCUAUCAAGCUCGAAGAUAGAAGUUGUGAGGAAAACAACGAUAACAGAUUACAAGCUAGAUUGGAAUGGAAAGGGUUGAUGCUGCUGAGAAAGAGGCAAGUGAAGUUCUCCAUUCUCUUCUGUCUGUUGAACGUGUUGAAAGACAAUGCCAUGAAUUAGACCCACAGCACCAGCAACAGGUAGUGGUUUUAACUUCGAAGGAUCCUGUUAAUCCUAGACAGACUGGUAACAACUCAGGUGCACAUCAACAGACACAAGAUGUAGCUGGAGUGGUGCAGUGGCACACGCCGGUCACAACAGUCCACCAAGCGUUAUUCACGAACAUGCAUGAGGUGACUUCUCAGUUCACAACACUCACAGGGGAACAAGUCAUAUGGCAGGAACACACCAUUGAGGUGGACCAACAGCAUCUGACAGCACAACAGCCAAUCAGUAUUGUCACACAAACUAGUGAUGGCCGAGUAGCAGAAUACACUACUGCAGUGCCGCCACCUCCACCACCACCACUGGCACCACUGCCAGCAUCACAACCACAAGCACCACCGCCACUGGAACCAUCAUCACAAUCACCACAACAAGAGGCAGAUCCAAAGAAGAAAAUUAUAAAGAUGACAAGACAAAGGAGUGAAAAACAGACAGGAACUCCAAAGAAGAAGAGUAAGGUGGCAGUGUCUGCUGUUGUCGGGAUUCCAUCCACACAUUUGGAGGAAAAUGCUCAAGAAGUACGAGAAAGGUUUGAGAAAGGUUGUGAGUGCCAGGAAGAGAACUGCUUCAAGGGCCUGAGUCCCGAAUAUGUGUAUAGGCACCGGCUGAAUAUCGCUGAACUGACCAAGGCGGAGCACGACAUGUAUCUCAUGGGUGUCACGAUGGCAGUGCUGACAAAUCCAGAGGAAACCGUAAGACACAAAGAAAGACGUAGACUUAGGGCUCAGUACGUCUUUCAAGGACGACGGGUUUGUUUAGAUGCAUUUCUGUACCUUGAGAACUGUACCCAUUAUCAGUUGAAAAGGAUACGGAAACAUGUGAUGACCCAUGGAGUAGCCCCUCGUAUCCAUGGGAACCAUGGAAAGAAGCCUCACAAUACAUUCUCAUUAGACAUCUAUCGCCAUACUACCUCAUUUCUACGUCACUUUAUUCAGCGCCACACUCCUGGAUCCAGUGUGAAUCAGAACACAUCAUCACAGCAAGUGACUGCUGCUACCACAAAAUGCAAGUCGAAAUCAGGUAGUAAAACACCUCCUUUAUAUCUUCCUGCAGAGAUUACAAGGAAAACUAUUCACAAUGCAUAUCGUGAAUAUUGUGAACAUUUUGAACCAUCAAUUAAAGUUAUGGGAUACACUACGUUCAGACAUUUCAUGAAAGAACAGUUUCCACACGUAAAGUUUUGCAAAGUUGAAGGUGGAGUCAAUAAGCCUGCGUCAAAUUCAGGAAGUCACCCACAACAACAGUCACAGCAGCAACAAACAGGAAAUACUCCUAUUGAAGUGGAGAUAGUAAAUCAGCAAGGAACGAAGCUCCAAGGUGAUGAUACAGUUACUAUUGUUAGAGAGACGCCGGUAUCACAUCAAGAUCCACAGUCUGCUACUAUUAUUACAACGUCUGGUGAGGUACAACAGGUUACUGCAAUACCAGUUGUUGUUGAACAGGAAGCACGUGGACUGUCCCAUCAGCAGCAGACAGCAUUCAUUGUUACACCCGUGUCACAGAUGAUUCAGGCACCAAUAAGUGUCAGUACAAUCACUGACAGCUCAUACACAUCUUACCAGUUAACAACAGCACCACCCAGGAGUUACACCACUCAUCAACAUCUAACAGAUCCAGAUGUUGUAACGAUCACCUCGAUCCCAAAUACCGCAGCGAGCGCAUAUAGAUUUACAACAUUAUAGUCUGGCAUGCUUUUUGGUACAAAAGUAAAUUAAUCAAUAAUUAAUGAUUUGACAGGCAUGUACAGUUCUUCAGUUUGCCCAGUAUUUUACUCUUUGAAAGAAUUUGUUGCUAGAAAUGGCUAAUGUUGAUUGUAUGAAGCAUACAAGAAAGCAAGUACUUAGAAACUGAAAAUAUGUUAUUGUAAGUAUCUUUUCCUGUAUUAAAAUUAUCAAUCUGUAGAAAUAUAUAUUUUAUCUUUUAUUGAAAAAUACAGAAUAUGUGGGCAUUUUGAAAUAUUCAAUUUGUAUAGAAGGUACAGUUAUCUGCAAUGAAUUAAGUUAUUCCUAGGUAUCCCCAUUUCAUGAUAUCAGAGCAGAUUUAUCACCUCUGGUUGAUGAGAUUAGAAAAGCAUGUUUCAAACUUUGUUUGUGUAUUGGCAGCACCUGAACAGUCAACUUUUUUUUUUUUGCUAUAUAUUACAAUCUUAAAACGUUGCAAGCUGUGAAGUACAUAUAAACAAAAACUGUUUACACUUUAAAAAGACACUUAGUUCAUAUUAAAUCAUACAAUUCAUAAGAUGAUGGUUUGUUAUAAAGCAUAAAAGGCCGCUUUAUAAAAAAAACAUUGUCUUAUGGAUUGUAUGAUUUAAUAUGAAUUAAUUUUUUUACUGCUAAUGAAGACCUCUUGAGGUUCAAACUCGUUUGGCACUGUGUCUUUUCAAAGUGUAAACAGUUUUUGUUUGUAUGCAUGAUUUUUAUAUAUAUAUAUUUAUAUAUAUUUUACAAUGCUGUUCCCAUAAGAGCAAUAGUUCGGACAUAGCACAGAAUUUAUAUAUGGAAGCCUGGGCUGCUAUUUGAAUAUUUGCAGUAAUUUCUGUUGACCAGACCUUAGUUACAGACUUCCAUGGCUCCAUUGUGGUAUGUAAUGUAACAGAAAGUUGUACAACAGACAUUGUAAUCAAGUGACUAUGGAUGCAUGUGAUGAUAUUUGUAUUAUAUAUAUGUACAUAUGAAUAAAAUACAUAAUUCAUUAUGAGA